AUGAAUUCAAGUUCUAAAAUUGACAAACCAAAAUAUUAUAGUGGAUGCAACAAAUAUUAUUCACCUAAUUUGUUUAUUAAUGAUUUAAAGACUUUUCGUACAUGUAAUACAUGCCAUAACCAAAAUUCUCAAGUAAAAAAAAACAAGAAUAAACAUUCUAAAAAUAACAAUCAAAUAAUCUUUGACUUAUCUGAUUUUAACGACCAUAUAAUAGAAACUAUUGGUUUUCUUGAAAUCAAUAAAGCUAUCAAAGAUCAAGAAAAUUUCAAUUUUUCAGAAUUUAAAUUUUCUUGUUCUAUUAAUAUUUCAAUAUUGGAAGGUGAUUCUAAAGAAAAGCUAGUUGAAUUAUUGAAAUAA